AUGGUGGGAAAGCAACAGCAGUAUACUGUGAAUCUUGAACAAAGUGAAGCUGAAUUGGUGAGUGUUGCACGCUGCUGUUCAAAUGAAGGGACUCACUGUGGUUGUAGAUCCCACAAUGUGAUCUUCCAGCCACAGAAGGCUGCAUCCAAUCGGUGUUCGCUGUGGAAAACAUUUCUGGUGUGUCUGCUGGCCUGUCUGGUUGCCACAGCCAUUACAGCCCUGGCCUUUUAUUUUGGCUACUUUGGCAAGCCUAUCAGCAACACCACCAUCAUCCUUCAUAUAGAUGGAAAGUCCAGUCAGGUUACUGACCUCACUCCUUCAACCCCAUCUCCUGCUCCACCAACCACAUCUCCACCUGAGAGCUCACCACCAUCCACCCCUGUGGACAACCCAAGCUCGUCUACACCUGCUCCGGCGACAACUAUAGAACACGAGGCGGAAAUUGAAAUUGAUGAUGAAUAUUUUUGA